GGAAUUGCAAGCUCGACCCAAAAACGCCCGUCGCACGCCGGCUAUCCAGCAGUUACGGCCAUCAUACAAUCAACUGGGCUUCAUCAGCCGCUGCUGAGUCACUUCUGUUCGCUUGGAGCCACCGGUAGCAAGCACAACCUCAUCAUAACACCACAAGCCUUGCUCGCCAACGCAGACUGCCCUGCCCGUAGCAACACCAGCCUUCGUUGUCGCAGUCGCACGGCAGCGCAAUUACAAAAGCAAUGCGCACAACGCUGCUCACGCUCGUGGCCGUCGCGUCGGCGCGGACGGCCGCGCUGCAGCUGGGCCUGCCCAAGCGGCCCAGAGUGGGCCGGCGCGCCGCCGCGAGCGGCGAAGCAGCAGAACUGAAGGGCCUCAACCGCGAGUUCCUUUCGAUAGCCCUGCCGGCGGUAGUCCAGUUCGCCGCCGAGCCCGUCGCGCGGCUCGUCGACACGGCGUACAUGGGCCGCCUGGGCGCGACGGCGCUCGGGGGCGCCGGUGCGGCCGUGAGCGCGCAGUACGCGCUGGGCAAGCUGUCGAACGACCCGUUGUUGCGGACGUCCAUUUCCUUGGUCGCGGCCGAGGGCGACGCCAACGAUAGUAGUAUUGCGGCGGCGCUGUGCCUCGCGCUCGUCGUGGGCGCCGUCCAAGGUUUAGGUGUUAUGCUGCUGGCGCCUCGUCUACUCCAAGCGUUUGGUGUUGCUUCUACAAGCCCAAUGGCGAGCCACGCGCUCUGGUACUUGAGGACGGCGGCGCUCGGCGCGCCGACGGCGACCGUGUGGCUCGUGGCGAACGGCGUGUUCCGCGGCUUAGGGGACACGGCGACUCCGUUAAAAUGGGCCCUGGCCUUCACGGCGAUGAACGCUAUUUUGGAUCCUUUGUUCAUCUUUCCACUUGGUCUGGGCGCGGCCGGCGCGGCCGCCGGCACCGCGCUAUCUCAAACUUUAGCUUUGUAUCCUCUCUUAAGGGCCUUGUCCAAGAGGACAGGAGCCGGCUCCGUCGCUAAUUUGCUCAAAUGCGACCGACGGAAGUUGAUUGAGCAGCUCGGGAAUUACGGGAAAGCUGGCACUCUAGUACUCGUCAGGACUCUGGGAAAAAUAUCGGCCUACUCUGUCUGCGCGCGCGAGGCGGCGAAGCUCGGCGCCGUGUCGUCGGCGGCGCACGCUGUUUGUUUUGCGUUGGGCGUCGCCACGACGCAGCUCUGCGAGGCCGCGGCCGUCGCAACCCAAACGCUACUCGCGCGCGAGUUCUACGCCGAGAAGGCCACGAAUCUCAAAAGGUCGCAUAGGAUAUUGAGGCUCGGCCUCGCUACUGGAUUGGGAUGCUCGUCUCUGCUGGCCACGGGCACGUAUCUGAACCGCCACAACGUCGUCGCGGGGCUGACGACGGACCCGAAGGUGCGGGCCGCGUGCCUGGCAGUUUUUCCUUUAGUAAUGCUCUGCCAGGCCCUCAAGGGGUUGGCCUACCCCGUCAACGGCUUGCUGAUGGGCGCGCUCGACUGGUCGGCGGCGUCGGUCACGAUGUGGGCGUCGAACAUCGCGUGUCUACUCGUGCUGGCGCGGCCGACGCCGUCGUCGCUCGAUAAAUUGUGGAGGGGCUUCGCCGCGUUGUUUAUCGUGCAGUGCGGUGCCGGUUUAUUGAGGGUCGCGUCGCGGACGGGGCCGUGGACGCGGCUGCGGCGGCCGUCGUCCGCGUCGACAGCGUAA